AAUGGAAAUGGGGUAGUGAGAAGUAGGACUGAGAUGUUUCAAUGUUUGUAUAUGCGGUUUUCGACUAUCACAUUUAAAUGUAUGAUUGAUCCGCGGGUGAACUGUGUAUAUCGACGCCAUAUUGUUUCUCUAUAUCUAUCAAAGUUCAACGCCAAAUAAGUGCUUUUGGCAUGUGGCGUUACCCUCUAUAAGCUAUACGGAUUCUGAUACAGUAAUUGAGAAAUUUUUUUCACGGCUGACAGACUUAUAAUUAUAAAUCCAAGUAGAUAUGAAUUUUUAAGGUUCUUGUUAACAACAUACCACUGAAACAAUCGGUUAUUAUGUAGUUUCUGUAUCUGAAAUUUUUAACUCCAAUAAAUUUAUAAAUUUUUGAAGUUAAAUUACUUAGCAUUGCAAACAUGUUUAAAUUCUAUCAGCACAUCAAACAACAAUCAUUUGUUAAGAGAAAAGGAAUUAGAGAAAACAUUCAAAAAAAAGUAUCAACAUCGUCAAAAGUAUUAUCAUCGAUACCUAAUAAUGCAAUGGAUAUUUUUGAUAGAAAAACGAAGCUAUUACAACGAGAACGAGCAGCAUUAGCAACUGAUGCCGAUGUUUACGAUUACAUCAAAGAUGAAAUUGGUUUCAGAUUAUCAGAUAGAGUAUUUGAUGUUAAACGAAAGUUUAAAAAAGCUUUAGAUUUGGGUUGUGGUCGUGGACACUUAUCAAAACAUAUUUUAAAAGAAUCUGUAGAAGAGCUUAUAUUAGCAGAUUUCAGCCCUAGUUGGCUAAAACAAGCUAAAACAAAUGAAGGUAUAAAAGUUGAAAAAAAAGUACUUGAUGAAGAACAUUUUGUUUUAGAAUCAAAUAGCAUUGACUUUGUUGUUAGUUGUUUAAGCUUACAUUGGGUUAAUGACCUUCCUGGUAGUUUAAAGUGCAUAUUAAAUUGUUUAAAAAAAGAUGGAGUUUUUAUGGCUGCAAUAUUUGGAGGAGAUACUCUGUAUGAGCUGCGUGGAUCAAUGCAGUUAGGAGAAGUAGAAAGAGAUGGUGGAAUAGCACCACAUAUUUCCCCAUUUACUGAAAUCCGGGAUAUAGGUAGCCUAAUGACCCAAGCAGGAUUUACAAUGAUGACAAUAGAUACAGAUGAAUUAGUCAUUGGAUACCCAUCAAUGUUUGAGCUUCUAUGGGAUUUAAAAGGAAUGGGUGAAAGUAAUGCUGUUAAAAACAGAAAGUUACACAUGAAUAAAAAUACCUUAUUUGCUGCAUCAGCAAUUUAUGAUGAAUUAUAUGGUAAGGUUGAUAAAGUUGGAAAAAAAUAUAUACCUGCUACCUUUCAAAUAAUAUACAUGAUUGGAUGGAAACCUGAUGAAUCACAACCAAAAUCUCUAAGACCAGGAUCUGGGCAAAUAUCGCUUAAAGAUCUCAAUAGGAUUGAUGAAAUAAUAAAAGAAAAAACUAAGACAAAAUUAUCUAAAAAUGAAGAAUGAGUAGGUGUACUGUUGGACAACGAACUACAAAGUUGAACGAACGCCGUCUGCUGUGCUGUGUGUACGAAUUACAGUCUACAGAGGGCACUGGUCAUUUUUAUCGAAAUACCUGCACAAUCAGAAUGUAAACAAUUGACUUAUGUAGAGUCGUAAACGCGUAAGACUCAAGUCGUAGGUGUCAUAUGACUGCCAAUUGGAAGUUUUUACUGCAGCAACUUUCGGGAAUACAUGACACAUCUUAUUAGUCAUUCAUUGGUAGUAUACACAUGCCUACGCGAGUUAGAUUAGAGUGUCAAGUUGCACAUAGUUCAAAGUUGUUUUAAAUGAUUUUUUCGGAAGUAACUUUUCGACUACGUUGAAUGGAUUUUGAUACUUAUUUUUGAAGUAAACGCCGAAUUCACAUAAUUCGCCUCUUAACUUCCAAUAGUUCUUGGUGAUCAUCAAGUUAAUUUAUGUAUUAGAGUGAUAAAUUAAAAAAUGGGUCAACGCGUGUCCAGAACUGAUUUUGAGUGGGUGUUUACCGAGGAACCGCACGCGAGUAGGCGAAAACAAAUUUUAG